UGAGUAAUGAAUGGUGUGUAGAAGGGCCACGCUAUAAAAGAUCAAUUGAUAGGGACGACAUUAAGAAAAUUAUAAAGGUUGAAGGAUCUUUGAACUUGUUAAACCACCCAUUCUAUCUAUACAAGUCUCCCCUGGCUAGGCAAACAAAUCAAAAUUCUCAAGGAAAGAUCCUAGUAACCUUCCAAUUGACUUAAACAACUUUUUAGAGUCAUCAUACAAAGAUAUUUCCUCGUGACUUCAGUCUUAUGGAAAGAUCGUAGCUCGCUCAUGGAAUGUGAAGAAAUAAAUUAUAAAUUCAAAUAUAUAUAUUAGACAAUUCUGGAUAAAUAACCCUCUUUUCCCAUCAAAAUAGAAAAGAAAAAAUAAUAAUUUCACCAUAAUCUCUUAAUUCAUGUUUUUAAGGUAAAUAUGAACUUAUAUCUCACUAAUAUAACCAAGUCAAUAGUCAUGUUCUAUACAACCACUCUCCCAUUACCAACACCAGUACACCACCCUCUUAACCUUACACCAUUCCACCACCAGCUGCACAGCCCCUUCUGAUUCCUCCACCAAUGCACCCCCUCACCACCACCUCCUCUUUCCUUCUCACCCUCUUUUUCUCCCUCCACUUAACGACAUCGCUUCUUUCCAAUGACACUGGUAAUCUUUCAAACUGCAAUCAAAACUUCUCCUGUGGUAACCUCACAAACGUCACCUACCCGUUCACUGGUGGCCUACGUCCAUCCCACUGCGGUCCACCGGAGUUCGGCCUCACAUGUGAGGAUGAAUCAGUCACCAUCCUAAAAGCUAACUCACUGAGUUACCGAGUCACUCAUCUUGACCAGACCAGCCAAACCUUAAGACUCUCACGUUCAGACCUCUACGACGACGGAAAAUGCACCCGCCAAUUCACUAACACCACUCUGGAUGACAGAAUCUUCAGUCUUGGUUCCAGCCAUGAACUUUAUUUGUUUUAUGGAUGCAAGAAGAUUAACGACUCUGUCAUGGAAUCAGAUCAGCUACCAAAAAUCUCUAGGUUCUCUUGUGACAAUCAUGGAGUUACAGAAGAAGGGUUUUUCUCGAUUGUUUACCCUUACGGUACUGAAUAUUCUUUACCGAAUACGUUUGAGUGUCAAACUAAUAUUCGAGUGCCAAUUCUUAGUACUCGGGCACAACAGCUUUUUGAUAACGAGUCAGUAGUUGGUGAGGUUUUGAAAGAAGGGUUUGAUGUCAGUUAUAGCAAUCCUUACAGUGCUAAUUGUACAAAGUGUUACAAGGAGCACCCUGGUGGGUAUUGCGGGUUUGAUACACAGUUGGGUAAACCUAUUUGCGUUUGUAAUGAUCAGCUCUGUCCUGGAUCUUCUAUGAGUGGUAGGCGACUACAGAUUGGUGCAGGUAAUAAUAUAAAUUUUAUAAUUAUAAGAAAUCCAAUAUUCUCUUUUGAUGAUGAUGAUGCAUUUGGAAUGACAGGCACAUUAGCAGCUGUGGCAGCGAUAUUAACUUUAUCCAUAAUUACAAUAUAUCUCACUAGAAGAGAAGGUUCCUUUAGUGCUGUCAUAGCAAUGACCUUCAGGCUGAAGAAACCACAGCAUGUUGGCAUGGUUGAAACAUUUAUGAUGGACUACCAUUCUCUUACUCCAAAGCGUUAUUUGUAUUCAGACAUCAAGAAAAUGACCAAAUCAUUCGUCAAUACACUAGGUGAGGGAGGAUUUGGUAAUGUAUAUAGAGGAAAGUUACCAGACAACGGUCGUCUUGUAGCUGUAAAAAUCCUAAAAGAGUCCAAAGGUGAUGGAGAAGAGUUCAUGAAUGAAGUUGCAAGUAUCAGUAGAACUUCUCACGUGAAUGUAGUUACCCUUUUGGGCUUCUGCUACGAGAGGAAUAAAAGAGCUUUGAUUUAUGAAUUCAUGCCCAAUGGAUCUUUAGAUAACUUCCUAUCUGAUAAAGGAUCCCCACAUACAAACUAUCGUUUAGAAUGGAAAAAAUUAUAUGAAAUUGCAGUUGGUAUUGCUAGAGGUCUGGAGUACUUGCAUAGAGGGUGUAACACUCGGAUUGUGCAUUUUGACAUAAAACCUCACAACAUUCUUCUUGAUGAAGACUUUUGUCCAAAGAUCUCUGAUUUUGGUCUCGCGAAGCUAUGCAAGAGCAAAGUAAGUAAGAUUUCGAUGAUAGGUGCCAGAGGAACUAUUGGUUACAUAGCGCCUGAAGUAUUCUGCAGAUCUUUUGGAGGAGUAACUUAUAAGUCUGAUGUGUAUAGUUAUGGGAUGAUGGUUCUUGAAAUGGUCGGACAAAGUAAAGACUUUGAUAUGGGAUCGUUGGAAACCAACGAGUUGUAUUUCCCGGAUUGGUUUUAUAUGUAUCUUGAUCCAGGAGAGAUUUCAACAUUUCAUGGAGGUAUAACGGAGGAGGAAAACGAGAUUGUUAAAAAGAUGAUUUUAGUGGGUUUGUGGUGCAUCCAAACCAUUCCAUCACAUAGACCAUCAAUGACAAAGGUUGUAGAGAUGUUUGAAGGCAGUCUUCAGUCUUUGCAAAUUCCACCGAGACCUUCCCUUUCCUCUCCUAGAAGGUCCGCUCAAGAUCACUCUUCCACUGUAUCAUCACUGCCUUGCGUGUCGUCCCAGGGGGGUGGGGUAAACACAUUGUUUGCAGAUGAAAGUGACUUGUAACUGGAAAUUGCAAAUUUUAUUUGGCCUGAUAAAAAUAAAAAAAAACAAACCUAUAUUUGUUCUUCAUCUAAGUGCUGUUUUUGGUUGAAUUAAUUUUUCUAUGAUAUAGCUCAUGUACGGGAGGAAACUCUCUCAGUGCUAAGAGACACUAUCCUCUCACCUUUAUUUUUAUUUAUUUUUUUGUCCAUGAUGUUAACAAAUUCUAGUAUGUACUUGAUAUUCAAUAUGCGGAAAGCGUAGAAUUGAUCUGUUCCUGCUUGUCAUUGUUUACAAUUUCAAAGGGUAGACAAGACUCGGAGGUUGAGCUUAUUAUUACUUGUGAUUAAUGUCAUCAAUGCUUCAUUGCAUUUUUCAUAGUGAACUUCUAUGUAUUUCUUACUCGUCUUCUUAUUUUGCUUGAGCAGUUGAAUUAAAACGGAAUCGUCUAACUUCGAAAAUUUACCAGAAAACUUCAGGAAACUGAACAUAAAUCUUCUACUCUUCAUCAAGAAGUUUCUCGUAGUCAUUCAUGUGAACUGGUGCCUGUGUAUGGUAGGGAGCAUAGAGGGAAGGUCUUCAAAGGCUUGUGAAGAUCUUUCAGCUGCGUCUAUAGGGUUCAGAAGGGGUCGUUCAUGAUGGAAGGCAGUUCGAGCUUUCACAAUGAACCAGCAUCUCAUAGCAGCCUGUGACAGCAGGUGGAAGAAUGGUCGGAAAUGGAAGGCUUCUAAUUUUCCUCCUAAGAAAACUACAGAGACCUUUAGGUUACCAAGCUGGUCAUGAAAUGAAUAUGGGAUGCUCUAGGUUUUCUUCAACUAGUAGCUUGACCACUAUGGAGCUUCUCACCCUAGAACAAGUCACACUACGUAUUUGGUAACCAUUUUAUAAUACUAUGUGAUGAGUGGCCUUUUAAUGUCUACUUGGUUAUGACAAAAAAAAGGUCAAUUUGCUCUAACACCUGCAAAUUGUCCCCGUAUUCUCUCUUUAUCUGUGAAAAUGCAAUCCCAGCUCUUUCCAGCCA